AACGCAAGGCGAGCCUUCGGGCGGAAAUACCCUGUGCAAACAGGAAGCGCGGCAUUCUGCUGUGGGGUCUCGGGGUCGGCGCUAUGGAGGCCUAUGAGCAGGUCCAGAAGGGGCCCCUGAAGCUGAAAGGCGUCGCAGAGCUCGGCGUAACCAAGCGGAAGAAGAAGAAGAAGGACAAGGACAAGGCGCAGCUCCUGGAGGCGAUGGGGACGAGCAAGAAGGGCGAGGAGGAGAAGCGGCGCUGCCUGGACAAGCGGACGCCGGCGCAGGCGGCCUUCGAGAAGAUGCAGGAAAAGCGGCAAAUGGAGCGGAUCCUGAAGAAAGCGUCCAGAACGCACAAGCAGCGCGUGGAGGCUCAGGUGACAUGGCAUCUCUGCUCCCCAGGACUUCAACAGGCACCUGGACACCCUCACCGAGCACUACGACAUCCCCAAAGUCAGCUGGACCAAGUAGGCCCCGCGGAGUCUUCUGGAAACUUCUCCCACCCUGCCCUGCGUCUGCAGCCGCUGAGCCUGUGCUUUCGGGAACUGUCUUGUCACCCUGGAACCUGAUUAAAAUUAACUGUGACCUUCCCUUUA